GAGGGAAAGAGUGAAAUAAGGCGAGAGAGAGAGAGAGAGAUAAGGCAAGAGAGAGAGAGUGGGAGAGAGGGAGAGGGAGGGAGAGAGAGGGAGGAGAGAGAGAGGGAGAGAGAGAGAGAGUGAGAUAAGGCGAGAGACACAGAGAGAGAGAGAGAUAAGGCAAGAGCGAGGGGGAGAGAGAGUGGGAGAGAGGGAGUGAGAGAGAGUGAGGGAGAGAGAGGGAGAGAGAGAGAGAGAUAAGGCGAGAGAUAGAGAGAGAGAGAGAGAGAGAGAGAGAGAGAGACCCGUCGCGCGCCCGGGUUCCUUCAAUCUGGAGCGUCAGAUGGCAGCGCUGCAUCUUUCAUCCCCAGGUUUUUCUAACCGGUUUGGGCGCGCGACUUUUCUUUCUUUCUUUCUCUUUCUUUCUUUUCUUUCUUUUCUAAAUCCCGUCAGUUUACACAGAGACUCGGGAGCGAUUCCUGAUUGCCAAGCAUGCACAGCGUGUUAAAGCCGCGCACUCCUACACCCCGUCCAGCUUCCUCUCCUCGCGCGCGGAUAAAUGAAUUUCCUCCUGUUCCCGUCCCGUGCUCCGGGAUAUAAAAUCUGACAAGUUGGACUGGACUCCAUUCUGUUGCAGGGUUUGGAAGAGGUUGAAGGGGAUCACUGCGUGCAUGCGUGCUGUUUUAGUCUCUGGGAGGAGCGAUGCGCGCUGCUCGGUCUCCCUGACCCCCCACUCGAGCGCUUUGUCUCGUGGAGGAGGCGAAACGGCGCGAGCGUUAUGUUGGUUUCUUUUCCCUGUGUAUUAUUUGCUGCGCAGAACAAUCUGACCAACUCGGAAACAUUGUUACAGAACUGACCUGCCGUCCUGUGUAGGAGAAUAACAUUGCCAUUUCGGAGCGCGUGAACAAACGGACUUUAUAAAGGCAUGACACCAGGAGGAGUGAGAGAUUAAAUUGUUCACGUUGCCUCGGGUCAGCCCGGUGAUUUUGGAGGGAUUUUGCUGGGAGUUUGAGUGGCGCACGUGCAGCGGGGCAGCCCGGAGUUCCGGAGCAUCAUGGGCUGCUGCAGUGGUCGCUGUACACUGGCCUUCAUCUGCGGCAUGCAGCUGAUUAGCAUUUUGGAAAGACAAAUAUUUGACUUUCUUGGUUACCAGUGGGCGCCGAUCCUCACGAACUUCAUCCACAUCAUCACAGUGAUUCUGGGCCUGUUUGGGACGGUGCAGUUCAGGCCGCGAUACGUCACUGGGUAUGCAGUCUGGCUGGUGCUCUGGGUCACCUGGAACGUCUUUGUCAUCUGCUUCUACCUGGAAGUGGGUGACCUUUCCAAGGACACAGACCUGAUCAUGACCUUUAACAUUUCCAUGCAUCGCUCAUGGUGGAUGGAGAACGGUCCUGGGUGCAGGGUGACCCCUGUGAGCCCUCCGCCCUCCUGGGCUCCUGAAGACCACCGCUACAUCAGCAUAGCUGGCUGCGUUCUGGAGUACCAGUAUGUGGAGGUGGCCCACAGUUCCCUGCAGAUCAUCCUGGCUCUGGCUGGGUUCAUCUACGCCUGUUACGUGGUGAAACUCAUUUCAGAAGAGGAAGACAGCUUCGACUUUAUAGGUGGCUUCGACUCCUACGGGUACCAAGGACCACAGAAGACAUCUCAUUUGCAACUACAACCAAUGUAUAUGUCAAAAUAACAAGGACAAACUGCCUUAUGAACCAAUCAAACGAUGAACUGCUGUCUCAACCUUUCGUCUUUUUACGUAAAUGUCUUAAUAUGAUAGUGUCUUAAGAACCAUUGGAGGAACCAAGAUGUGGCACUUUAACCAGUCAACAACUGGAGAAAACUAGAGCCAAGGCACUGGAUUUUCUGCCUUUCUCAGUCUGGUGCUUGGUGUCUGGCUGGUUUAAGCAGGAGUAAGAGCGCCAUCCCGUGGCCAAGACGCUCUCUUCUUCCUCUGACGGCGGAAAUACAGCACA